AGCGCCCCCGCACCCGGCACCAACUCAACUACCCCAAAUCCCCCGCCUCGCACUCGCUCGCUCCUCCUCCUCCCCCGUCGCUGCUACUCCUGCUGGGCGCCCGCGCGCGGGAGCGAAGCGAGCAAGGUCAACCACCGCUACCGGCGCCUGGGGAGGACGUCGGCGCAGGGGGGAUGUCGGCGGAGACGCCGGCGUACUGGCUGCGGUGGCAGGUCUUCGUAUGCGGCGCCCUCAUCGUGCUGCCGACGGCGGCCGCGGCGGCGCUGCUCCCGCACCUGCGCAGGGCGGCGGCGCCCCUCCGCGCGACCGACCUGUGGGUCCCCUGCUGGGCGCGCCUCCACCCGGGCUGGCUCCUCGGCUACCGCGCCUUCGCCCUAGCCGCCGCCGUCGCGCUCCUCGUCCGCCUCAUCGUCGGCCGUGGCAUCGACCUCUUCUUCUUCUACACCCAGUGGACAUUUUUAUUAGUCGUGAUAUAUUUUGCGUUUGCAACUGCUAUAUCAGCUCAUGGAUGUUGGGUUUACUCAAAGAAUGACUUGAAGGAAGCUGACGAAUCCCAUGAAUUUCUUAACGAUGGUGAGGAAAAUCGUGACUUUUCCGCUUCUUCUGAAGAGACUAAAAGGGAUGAGGAGAACAUCACAAACUAUCAUGAACAUAUAGCAAAUGAGAGAAGAGCUGGAUUAUGGGGACGUUGCAUGCAAAUCAUUUACCAGACUAGUGCAGGUGCGGCAAUGCUGACUGAUCUGACAUUUUGGGGACUUCUCGUGCCAUUCUUUUACCGUGACAAGUUUGGGCUUGCCUUUGUUACUGAUGGCAUGCACACUCUUAAUGCUGUUUUUCUACUGAUUGAUACAUUUCUCAACAAUAUGCCCUUCCCCUGGUACCGCUUGGCUUUCUUUGUAUUUUGGAGCUGUGCCUAUGUAACCUUCCAAUGGGUCCUUCAUGCUUCUGGAGCUAUAUCCUGGUGGCCAUACCCAUUUCUUGACCUUUCAUCAUCUGGCGCUCCUCUAUGGUAUCUCGCUAUGGCCAUUGCUCAUAUCCCUUGCUUCUUUCUCUACUGGGCUAUUGUCAAGGCGAAGCAGACUUACUUCCCCAGAUUGUUUCCACAUGCUUAUGUGAGAAGCUAGAUCCUUCUUCUAACAUACGUAUAAUUGUAUGCAACUUAUAUAAAUAAGUACAUAGAGUAAUUUAUCUUCAUGUAUAGUCUGGUAGAUUAGCGAUCCAUCGAACAGGGCUGAAUUCUAAAGCCCAUCGGAACAAAACUUCGAUGAAAUGAAAUACGAAGAGUUUUAAGUUUAAACAUACAUACAUUAAUACAUAGCCUCUUCUAUUCUGUCG